GUUCACAGCGUCCAGGUGUUGUUCAGGCUAGGUCGUCGACAAGGAUUCCAUUCAUUGCAUCCCUCCAGGUCUCUUGUCCAUGCUGCCGCCCUAACGGGAGUUCCAUAUCACUUCAGACGGGAAGCUGUUCAUCCUUUUUCAUUUCUUUUCCCUUUCUUCUUUCCCACUGACAAACACAAAACACCAGCUGUUUUACUUGCAACAUAGGUCCUAAUCGACGCCAGUGACCUACCACCUUCCAACUAGUAAACACAGGCACAUCCCUGAAUCUUUAUCUUCUCGAUCCCUCAUUCUUACCUUGACCUUGGGGAAACCGUCAAGGUUGUCGUUCCAUUCCACUUGUACACUAGUUCUACGCCCUCGUUGCUCCCUCUCUCCCCGCUCCCGCCCCCCGGGCCCCGUACCUGUAGGCCCACUACAACCCACUGAUCACAAUAUCCUGGUACCUUGAAUCGGCCAUUGUUACCAAUUAUACCCACGCAGAAGGUCCCCUCCGACACUCUCCCACGCCUCCUGAACAGCUCCCGGACAUUUUCCCGACUCUCGGGGUUGCGGUGACAUAGCUGGUAACUAUCCACCCAGAACACCUCCCACAAGACCAUUGUUAUCAGCUUGGUAAACCUUAGCUCUAUACAGUUAUCCUAUCGCCGGGCCGACGAUGCAGCUCAAGAACCACGCGCCCUCCGGGGCGCUAUUAGCUUCGCUGCUUGUAGCACCCCAAAUCGCAUCCGCUUUCUAUCUUCCCGGUGUUGCGCCGACGACUUAUAAGCCAGGCGAGCUGGUGCCUCUCUACGUAAACUCGAUACGGCCGGUUGCCGCCCCCGAUGCGCUUCUACACUCGGUCGUUUCCUAUGACUACUACCAACCUCAUUUCCAGUUCUGCCAGCCCGAAGGAGGGCCCAAGAGCGUGGGUGAGAGCUUGGGAAGCAUCCUGUUCGGAGACAGGAUCAAGACAUCGCCCUUCGAGCUGAAGAUAAAGCAAAACGAAACCUGCAAGAUGCUAUGUCCAACCACAUACAAGCAAGGGGUUGCCUUUUACGUGAACGACAAGAUUAGGCAGGGCAUGAGCCUCAACUGGCUCGUGGACGGGCUUCCGGCAGGACAGAGAAUCAAGGACGAGUUGACGGGCACCGAGUUCUAUAACCCCGGCUUCCUCAUGGGCCAGGUUGACGCGGAAGACCAUGUUACCUUCAACAAUCAUUACGAUAUCCUUAUCGAGUACCACGAGGUCAGCGGAAACCCAGAUCAGCUUCGUGUUGUGGGCGUUUUGGUACAGCCAGAGUCCAAGAAGUACACCAAGGAUGUUCCCAAGGAGAGCACCGAUGUUUGUCUGUCGAACUUUGAACCGCUUGAGCUCAAGGAGGACGGCGAGACAAAGGUGCAGUUCACCUACAGUGUCUACUGGAUUCCUUCCCAGACUGCUUGGGCAACUCGCUGGGACAAGUAUCUCCACGUGUUCGACCCCAAGAUUCACUGGUUCUCGCUCAUCAACUCGGCCGUCAUCGUCGUAUUCCUCACCCUGACUGUCGUGUCCGUUUUGGUUCGUGCCCUGCGAAAGGAUAUUGCCCGCUACAACAGGCUCGACCAGAUCAACUUGGACGAUCUCUCUGGGACUUCUGCUCUCGAGGACGGUGUUCAGGAGGAUUCCGGCUGGAAGCUCGUGCAUGGCGAUGUGUUCCGCACACCCUCCUACCCUAUGCUCCUCUCCGUCUUUCUCGGUAACGGUGCCCAGCUCUUCGUCAUGACUGGCUUCACCAUCGCCUUUGCCCUUCUGGGUUUCCUCUCCCCGUCCAACCGUGGUUCUCUUGGCACCAUCAUCCUCUUCCUCUACACCAUCCUCGGCUUCGUGGGUGGCUACACUUCUGCGCGCAUCUACAAGUCCAUGGGCGGCGAGAAGUGGAAGAUGAACAUCAUCCUAACCCCCGUUCUGGUGCCCGGUAUCGUCUUCGGCACCUUUUUCCUCUUGAACCUCUUCCUGUGGGCUAAGGAGUCCUCGGGCGCCGUCCCCUUCACGACUAUGCUCGUCAUCAUCCUGAUCUGGUUCAUCAUCUCGGUCCCGCUCUCCGUCACCGGCUCCUGGCUCGGCUUCCGCGCCGCCCCCAUCGAACCGCCCGUGCGUACCAACCAGAUCCCACGCCAAAUCCCGCCCGUGACCACGUACUUGAAGCCAAUCCCAAGCAUGCUCCUAGUUGGCAUCCUGCCCUUUGGCGCCAUCUUCGUGGAGCUCUACUUCAUCAUGAGCUCCAUCUGGUUCAGCAAGAUCUACUACAUGUUCGGCUUCCUGUUCCUGUGCUACGGCCUCAUGAUUCUCACUUGCGCCACCGUUACCAUCUUGAUGGUAUAUUUUUUGCUUUGCGCUGAGAACUAUAACUGGCAGUGGCGCGCCUUUUUGGCGGCGGGUGCGAGCGCUGGUUAUAUUUUCUUAAACGCCCUUAUCUACUGGGCCAGCAAGCUCUCGCUGAGCGGGCUUGCCGGCAGUGUGCUGUAUAUCGGUUAUAGCGCGUUGAUCUCGUUCCUCUUCUUCAUCCUUACUGGCUCGAUUGGUUUCUUCUCCAGCUGGUGGUUCGUUCGCAAGAUCUACUCUUCCAUCAAGAUCGACUAAUCGAGCUUGGGGGAGGGUACGGGUACAUGAACAUGGAGGUUGAGUGGUUAUCACCAUUAGGAACGGGGUGGGGGUAUGAGAGUUAGGCACACGCCGAAGGAAAACCUUGCUGUACAACACAUAGGUAGAGUUGGACGGCUACCCUGAUCUGGCUUAGAGAAAACAAAGGCGACUGGGGGUAAUUGGGCGCGAGGAUGGAUGGUAUCCUGAUUUUUGUGUAUCAUCAUAUUUAGCCUUUUAUUUAACCUUGGAAAGAUCAACAUUUGCUCGUGGGAGCAAGAGCUAUAUGUUCAAUAUCUCUUAGCUUCGCUGUCGCAGGCAACAUAUGGUUUCCAAAUGAUUCCAGUUCACCUGCAACGCCAAUCUUGGGUAUCAAGCAACGCCAUUUUCCCCCCCAACCCUACCCACCCAUCACCUCCACAGCCAGCCCAGAGUCUAGUCCUCAUCAUCAUCAUCGUCAUCAUCCAUCCCAUCCAAGAAAGUAAACUGACUCCUCCCACCACCACCUGCACUGGACGCCGCCGCGGCCGGGGCGCCUGCAGCCGGCCCCGAAAUACUUCCACUCCUCUCUGCCUCCUCCCGUCUCGCCCUCUCCCUCUCCCUCGCCAUCCUCUCGCGCUCCUCACGCAUACGUCUCUCCUCCUCUUCCCUUUCCCGUAUCGCCCGCUCCUCCGCCUCUUUCCUUGCCUCCUCUUCCUCUUUCUUUCUUCGCUCUUCUUCCUCCGGGUCAUACCCCUUGGGGUCCACGGCCCGUGAAACCAGCGACUGGUAGGCGGCCAUGCCGCCCAUGCGUACCUUGUCCUCCGUCGGCCAGGGGUGGAAUUGGUAUCCUGUCAAGAGGUUGAUGUGUGGUUUGAAGUCUUCGGGAAGGGCAGUUUGGUUGGCUGAAGGUGGAGGUGGCGGUUGGGAAAAAGGGGCUGUGGUUGUGGUGACAGGGCCAGGUCCAGAAGGGCCCGAAGCGGCGGGUGUAGGGGCCGCGCUGGCGGCGGGGGUGCCGGCUGCUGUUGCGGUUCCGCCGCCGCCACCGCCGGGCAUGGGGGUUGGAGCUGCCGAGUCGAUUUCCAUUGGCUGGCCUCCUUGUCCUCCUGCUUGUUGAGAUUCACUAGGUUCACUGUUAUAAAGCAGGUGUGCUGGCGGAAGCGUGGUGCGACUUAUACGCUUGGCGUAGUUGAGCAGCUCGUGCGUGGUGAACUGGUACUUGGGGCCGGUGGCAGGGUACUGCGUCGCGGGUGUGGAUUUGACUUCCUUGCGCAUGUUCCAGAGUCCGCCGAUGAUGUCCUUGGUUUGCUGGUCGAGCGAGGCGGUCUCUUGUCGUAGCUGGAGGAUGCGCGCGUGGUUGUUUUGGUGGCGCUCGAGCUCUUUCAGGCCGGCGGCGAGCUCGCGGUCGGCGGCUACGAGGUCUUCGGCGAGCUUCUCGGAGGGGUUGUAUUUGGCAAUUGAGUCGAUGAAGGUGGCGAGGGCCUUUUCUACCCGCUCGAAGCGGGUGUCGAGGUAUUUGUCCAUGUUAUGAACGGGGUGUUUGGAGGUUCAGCGCCGUCGUUUUGCGCUGUGGUUGGGAGACCGCGGUGUCGUGUGUCUUCAAUGAUGGGCUCGGAUCAGGAAUGACGACGAUGGAAGUAUGGAAGUGAAAAUCAAUCGGAUUUCCUUGGAACGAU